CCCCAUAAAGAAAAUGUUGCCUUUCCUCUGACAGAUCACUGCAGCAGCACCUUCCCUUCAAACACUGAGAAGAAAACCGACUUCAGAGCAUCUGUCAGACAUCUUUCUCCACCAAAGUAGGUACAUGAAAGGCGUUGAAGCCACAAGAUCUUGCUGGCAACAGACGCAAGGAUGGCUGGUCUGUGCUGGUUGGCUGUGGUUCUGGCCUUCUUCAUGUCUGACAGUUUGACUGCUAUGGAACAGGACAGACUUGCAAGUAUCAUUCAAGGCAUCAAGAAUGAGUAUGACCUCGGUGACACCUUCAGUCUGGCUGUGAACAUCCCACAGGACCAAGACAUAAAUGAUCUCCAGCAAGUUUUUCAGGAUGACCCAGCAGACAAAGUGAAACAAACAGUUUCAGAGGGUCAAGUGUACCAGGGCACCCGGGUGGUGGCAGCAGCACAACCAGAGGCACUGUCACGUGUUCUAGGAAACCUACAACCCUUAUUUAAACGCAGUAAAGGUCAUUUUCUCCUCAUCUACUCGGAAGAAUCCCCAUGUGGUCCGACGUGUACAACAAAUGAAAAUAAGGACAGGAUCACUGGCAAGAUUAACGAAAUAAUUCAGAACUGGGGAAGUUAUGCAUUUGUGUUUUCUAAAGUACACGAUGUCCCUGGCGCAGACACGCCUCAGCUGGCUGAAUCCUUUAAGCAACUUGGGGUUUCUAAACUUGGGCUUGACAAAGUAUUCCGAUGCUAUAAACCUGACGAUUCUUUUCAGUGCACCAGUUGCUUAUCAGAUGGAGAUGUUACGCCCGCAUGUGUUGCUAACGAUGUCCAGUCUAAUCAAGAGCAGGGGGUAGGCGGGGAAGAGGGUACAGUCCCUUCAACAGGCACAGACACAGGCAAAGAAAAGGGUGAAGGCAUGAGGGAAGAUUCAAACACAGGAGAAGAAAUGGCUGAAGGCACAGGCGAAGAAAUAGCCACAGGCGAAGGUGGCGGAACAACAGGUGGCAAAGAAAAGGGAAAAGGCGGACAAGUGAGCAAAGGACGUGGCAGUGGUAAAGUAGGCAAUAAACCUGGCAAAGUUAAGUGUAAGGCAGGGGGCAAACGUGGAAAAGGUUGCAAGGUUAGGCGUAUAGGAGGGGGAAAACGUGGUAAAGGUGGCAAGGUUGGGCGUAGGGGAGGCGGCAAACGUGGAAAAGGUGGCAAGGUUGGGCGUAGAGGAGGUGGCAAACGUGGAAAAGGUGGCAAGGUUAGGCGUAGAGGAGGCGGUAAACGUGGGGAAGAGGUGGCAAGGUUGGGCGUAGGGGAGGGGGCAAACGUGGAAAAGGUGGCAAGGUUGGGCGUAGGGGAGGCGGCAAACGUGGAAAAGGUGGCAAGGUUGGGCGUAGAGGAGGCAGCAAACGUGGAAAAGGUGGCAAGGUUGGGCGUGGAAGAGGCGGCAAACGUGGAAGAGGUGGCAAGGGUAAAAGACGAGGCAAACGUAGUGCAGAAGGUAAUAGUGAGAGUGACGGGUAAGAGAAACAGGUAUUGGGACUUGUUGCCCUGGGGCUGAUUGGACUGCAAUGAUACAGCUAAAAUAACUUCAUAAGGACCUGAGAAUCUGAGCAGCAACCCACUGAAGCUCACUGAGAAAAAAAGUGCCUUAUGCCUAAUAAAAAUGUGCUUGUUUCUUUUACUUCCUCUAGAUUUAAUGACUGCCUUCUAAAUUUUGUUAAUGCCUGCGACUAUAAAACACCUGAGUUAUGGCACUGAUACUGAAUGGAUCCAUUUCUUUAAGAUUUCAAAAGGAUUCAGCUGAUGGUUUUCUAUAUUUUUUGUUGUUGUCAUCCCAUGAAAUUAACAAAAACAACAGUGAAAGUAUCUACUGACGUGUGUGUAAA